AUGGCCGCAGCACCCUGAGGGGAGAUGGAUUUAGAGGGGAAGGAUGUGAACGGCUCCAACCGGAAUGAGAGCGACGGCUCAGCUGGAGUGUCCACAGCGCUGGCCAGCGUGCUGAUCUUCACCAUCGUGGUAGACAUACUGGGUAAUGUCCUCGUCAUCCUGUCCGUGUACAGAAACAAAAAGCUCAGGAAUGCAGGCAACAUUUUUGUGGUGAGUUUGUCAGUGGCAGACCUGGUGGUGGCCCUAUACCCCUACCCUUUGGUCCUCACAGCCAUCUUCCACAAUGACUGGACUAUGGGCGACCUGCACUGCCAGGCCAGCGGCUUCAUCAUGGGCCUCAGUGUCAUCGGCUCCAUCUUCAACAUCACAGCCAUUGCCAUCAACCGUUACUGCUAUAUCUGCCACAGCCUCCACUAUGAUCGUGUGUACAGUCUGAGGAACACCUGCUGCUACCUGGGCCUCACCUGGCUACUCACCGCCAUCGCCACAAUGCCCAACUUCUUUGUUGGGUCGCUGCAGUAUGACCCUCGCAUCUACUCCUGCACCUUCGCCCAGACAGUCAGCUCAUAUUACACCAUCUCGGUGGUCAUCAUUCACUUUAUGAUCCCGCUGCUCGUGGUGUCUUACUGCUACAUGAGGAUAUGGGUGCUGGUGAUUCAGGUGAAACAUCGGGUUAAACCAGAACAAAGAACCAAACUGAAACCGAGUGACGUGAGGAAUUUCCUGACUAUGUUUAUGGUGUUUGUGUUGUUUGCUGUGUGCUGGGCUCCAUUGAACCUCAUUGGUCUGGCAGUAGCUAUAAACCCUGUAAAAGUUGCACCCAACAUACCUGAGUGGCUCUUUGUCACAAGCUACUUUAUGGCGUACUUCAACAGCUGCCUCAAUGCUAUCAUAUAUGGACUAUUAAACCAAAACUUCCGUAAAGAAUACAAAACCAUUCUCCUCGCUCUGUGCGUCCCACGUUUGCUCCUCGUGGAGACCUCCAGGUGUGCCACAGAGGGCCUGAAGAGCAAGCCUUCACCGGCUGUAACAAACAAUAAUGUAGCAGAAAUAAAUGUAUAA